UGGACGAGUGAGACUGAGUAGUUAGGACUGCCACAGACACUUUUCUACACGAGGACAAUGAAGUGGUAAAAGAAGCCCUGGCACACAUUUUGAUACGAAUGCGGAGCAGCCUGCUGAAACUUGUGAGGAGAAAAAGCGUCCGUCUCUGUAGUCCUGGGACCGCAGCCGGGGGGGAUAGAUCACAGAGGUUUUCCCAUCUGUUCUCACACGGCAGGGGCAGUGUAUGAUGGGAAGAGAGAGAGCCAGAUCACGGUAAUUGUGUCAGACGCCUACAGGAAAUAACCGACAUCGAUGAGGACGACAGGCAUGGCUGUGUUCAAGCAACAAAAAGUGGAGGACUUCUAUGAAAUUGGCGAGGAGCUGGGAAGCGGGCAGUUUGCCAUCGUGAAGCGUUGCCGGGAGAAGAGCACGGGGCUGGAGUACGCCGCCAAGUUCAUCAAGAAGCGGCAGAGCCGGGCGAGCCGGCGCGGGGUGCAGCGGGAAGAGAUUGAGCGGGAGGUCAACAUCCUGCAGCAGAUCCAGCACCCCAACAUCGUCACGCUGCACGACGUCUACGAGAACCGCACCGACGUGGUUCUGAUCCUUGAGCUGGUGUCUGGAGGCGAGCUCUUCGACUUCCUCGCCCAGAAGGAGUCCCUGAGCGAGGAGGAGGCGACACAGUUCAUAAAGCAGAUCCUUGAGGGCGUACAUUACCUCCACUCCAGGAAGAUCGCACACUUCGAUCUGAAGCCAGAGAACAUAAUGCUACUGGAUAAGAAUUUUCCUCUGCCCCGCAUCAAGCUGAUAGAUUUUGGUUUGGCUCACAAAAUUGAGGAUGGGGCCGAGUUCAAAAACAUUUUCGGAACUCCUGAAUUUGUCGCUCCAGAGAUCGUAAACUAUGAACCACUGGGACUGGAGGCGGAUAUGUGGAGCAUAGGAGUCAUCACCUAUAUCCUAUUGAGUGGCGCUUCGCCUUUCCUUGGCGAGUCUAAACAGGAGACGCUUGGGAACAUCUCGGCCAUGAACUAUGAGUUCGAUGAGGAAUUCUUCAGUCGCACCAGCGAGUUGGCCAAGAGCUUCAUCAGACAGCUGCUGGAGAAAGAUAAAAGGAAGCGACUAACCAUUGAGGAUGCUCUCAACCAUCCCUGGAUUAAGUCCAACGAGCACAAGGAGGAAACCAAAGCCCCCGAAACUGGGAAGAAAGCAGAGCGCCGUCAGCUGAAGACCAAACGGCUGAAGGAGUACACCAUAAAAUCCCACUCCAGCAUGCCGCCCAACAACACCUACGCCAACUUCGAGCGCUUUGCCCAGGUGGUAGAGGACAUCGCCCUCAUGGAGACCUGCUUCGGCAACAUCACCGGGGUGCACACUUCCCUCCAGGAUGACAUAGACGCUCUGGUGUCCAUCUACAACGAGAAGGAGUCCUGGUACAAAGAGGAGAGCGAGAGCGUGAGGCACGAGCUGUCGCAGAUCCGCUACGAGUUCCGCAAGGUGGAGGCCAUGAAGAAGCACCUGCUGGAUGACAUGAGGGCGGUGGACGCCAGCCUGACCAGCGUCAGCACCCGCUACCUGGAGAGGAAGUCUCACCUGGAUGCCCUGAGACAGGAGCUCUCAUCCGAGCUCAAGUGGGUCCAGGAUGUUGUUAGCUCCUUCAAGGUUGACGUCGGCAACGGGGGUUUCUCCAACAACAACUUCUCAACCGUCUUCAACAACGAUGUCAACGAGGCAUUGAAGGAGCUCCUCAACCGAUCCUGUGGUGGAGAACUGCUCUCGGGAAUCAAUCUGGAGAUCACAGAUUCCAGCCAGCAGAGAUAAAUUCAGGAUAAGGGAAAUGGAAUAAGAAUUAGGCUAUAGGUUUGCAUCACUGUGUCUGUA